AUGGCGAUGGCGACAGUGCGGCGCCGUGCGGUGUAUGCCCUGGCGGUGCUUGCGCUGCUGUGCGGAUGCUGCUCCUCCGUGUGCGGGGCGACGACGUCCAAUGUGAAGGUGGAUGUGUCGUGUCAGAAUAAUAAAGGAAAAUUAAGUUGGCGUGUUCCUGGCGAGAACAAUUGGAGGGAGUGUCCGCAAACGGUGAAUGAUUAUGGGCCUCGUAAGGCCGAGAUGACCAGUGCAGGCAGCAAUGGCAGCGAAUCCAUUUGUCUCCUUGCCGAAUCACUGUACCUGGUGUCCAGUUGCCCCACGAACUGCACUCCCUCAGCAGGGGAGAACAGUAAUGCAGUUGCGUUCACGAUGUAUUUUAAGGCAGAGAUCAGCGAACUCCCCGAGGAGUUGAAAGACAAAGCCGUUACCCUCGAUGAAACUGGUGGCGAUCUACUUGGCACUUCAGGCGUGUGUGAGGUACCACAAUCCCAUCAACCCGCAACUGGAGCGGCGUCUGGGCACCAACCUCCUGUGGCUCAAGAAUCACAAACAGCGACAGCGCCAUCUUCGGAGGGAACUCAGCAGGGUGGCAGUUCGGCAGGCAGCAGUGCAGGUACUGGAGUCCCUGCUUCUAAUGCUGCUGGGCAGUCGGGCAGUACGGGAUCCACAGGGAGUCAGGAAACAUUAACCUCACCGACUGACGCUGCGGAUUCAUCAAAACCCACAGAAGACAGCGGGGCGCAAGCACCCUCAGCCUCUGCACAGCCAUCCGGCACGUCCACUUCUGACACUCCCGCUGGCAGCGAUGGUGAAAGCGCCACUACAACCACGACCAGCAGCAGCCCCAGUGGUGGGAAACACACAAAAGGCAACGUGGACGGCAGCGGCACGCCCACUGUGUGGGUGCGUGGCACGCUGCUGCUGCUGCUGCUGCUGACGGCUGCUGUUGCCUGUGCUGCUGGGGAGUGA